AGCCCCGCUCGACUCUUAUACCGGCUCAGCCGGCCUUGCGCUCCGUUGUUGCCGCCGGGCACGGCUUUCCCCGGUCCCCCAAGGCUUCUGCGGUCGCCAUGACGGCAACCAUGUUCUUCGGCUGCGCUUUCAUUGCCUUUGGGCCCGCGCUCGCCCUCUACGUCUUCACCAUCGCCACAGAGCCGUUGCGCGUCAUCUUCCUCAUCAUCGGAGCCUUCUUCUGGUUGGUGUCUAUCCUGGUUUCCUCCUUUCUUUGGUUCCUAGUAGGAAUCAUUACUGGCUACAGAGAUGAACCGGCACCAAAAUAUCUGCUAAUCUUUGGGAUGUUCAUCUCAGUCUGUAUCCAAGAAUUGUUCCGGUUUGCCUAUUAUAAACUUUUAAAGAAAGCCAGUGAGGGUCUGAAGACUUUAAACACGGAAGAGUCCGCACCCUCUAUGCGAUUGCUGGCCUAUGUUUCUGGCUUGGGCUUUGGAAUAAUGAGUGGAGUAUUUGCCUUUGUAAAUACCCUGUCUAAUGCCCUGGGACCAGGCAUAGUGGGGAUACAUGGAGAUUCUCCCCAUUUCUUCAUAAAUGCAGCUUUCAUGACGCUGGUCAUCAUACUGCUGAACAUGUUCUGGGGGAUUGUGUUUUUUGAUGGCUGUGAAAAGAAGCAGUGGUAUAUCAUUCUCAUCAUUCUACUGACCCAUAUACUGGUGUCUAUGCUGACCCUCUUAAGUCCUCAUUAUGAAAUCAGUCUGGUGUCAUCAUAUAUUAUCAUGGUGAUCGUGGGCAUCUGGGCAUUCUUUGUCUCUGGAGGCAGCUGCCGAAGCCUGAAACUCUGCUUGCUCUGCCAAGACAAGGACUUCCUUCUCUUCAACCAGCGUUCCAGAUAAUGGGCCCCAAGAACCAGCCUCUCUCAAACAGUAAGCUGUGUCUUUGGAGGAAGCACAAAUGUGCCUUUUCCUAAAAGUCUCUUUUCCAGGUAGAAUUAGAAAAAAACAAAACUUAUCAAGCACCCAAAAGGCUUUCACAUAGCAGCUCUGUUAAAGGGAGACUUCCAGGAGGCGCGUCCCUGCUGCCUGCACUAGUCACCCAGGGAAACACAAGGAGCUCUGCUGUCAGGCUUCCUCCAGAGAAACUGGUCUGAACAUUUUUAGCAUUUUAAUUAAAUUACUAUUAUUAUUUUGGCCAUACCUGGUGGUGCUAGGGGAGGUUCCUUUCAGCUUCCUGCUCAGGAGUUGCUCCCGGCGGUGCUCUGGUAAUCCCCUGGUGCUGGGGAUCCCGCAUGCCUGUGCUUUGAACUGGACAGUUUUUAACCCCUUAACUUCCCAAAAGACUCCGUUGUACAGCCAGAAUGAAAACUAUUGGUUUCCAAGUAGGAACUUCCUGAGACUAUCCUAAGUGAAUAAGAAUCAGAUGUGUAGUUGUCACUUAAUUCACCUUAUGCUGAGCAAGGAAGUAUCUGAAUGUCAGGUCCUGAUGAGCUUGUGAUUUUUUUAAGUUCUGAAGUUACAAAGGGAAAAGGGCUAUCUCAUUUGUGAACUGUUUUCAUGGACUGCACUCAGAUGCAUUCUUCUGAGAACAUGGUAGGCGAUGCUUCUAAAUUCAAUAAUGGUGUUGGCUUACCAUGAUAAUUUAGCCAGAGUCAACUAUUAUGUACUUAUUAUGUACUAAGUAGAAUUUUUCUGCAGUUUUUUUUUUUUUCCAGUCUAGAGGCUUUGUUUUUAGUCUAGAGGCUUUGUUUUUAAGCAUAGAUUUGUUUAACUUUAAAAUUCAAUCCUAACUUCCUGGGAAGGUAUUCUAAAAUCAAGAAUUUUGUGCAACUUCUGUAAGCUUUUGCUUUGGUGAAGGUUUUCCAUGGGCUCUGCUCCAGAGCAGUGUUUGUCAGUAAGUGCCACUGUGUAAAGUAUGUUCUCUCUGUCAGGCACAUGUGCCGGUGGCCGAGAUCUCCCCAGGGACAGGCUUUGCUUGAGCUGGCAGAAGUUUGACCAGCACAUAAGGAAGCCAAGUCAGUAGUGUGGUACUAACACUCUAAAUUUCCUUUUCAUGUGCUCAGCAUGUCCCCCCAAUGGUGGAGAAUAAACCUGGAAAUGUGUCUUAAACUGCCAAAUUCAUACUUUUUCAUAGUUAUCCAUGUUAUCUUCCCUACUGGUAAAUGUCGAUGGAUUUUGGCAGCAGAUAAAACAUUCCCUUUAUAGGAAUAUAACAACCCUAAACAGCCCUUUUGGUUUCCUUUACAGAGGAAAUGCCAGUACCUUGACUCACUGCAAACUGCUUCUGUUCAGUGGCUUGUUUUUUUGACUGGGCGAGUGGCUUGGAGCUAUAUCUGGCUUGGGAUGCUUCUGCCUCUGUGCUCAGGUGUCACUCUUAGCAGUGCUCUGGAGAUCAUGUGAGGUUCUGUGAUCGAAUGGGGGUCAGACGAAUGGAAGUCAAGUACCUUUUGCCCUGUUUUAUCAGUCCAACCCCCAUUGAUGGCUUCUAGGGACCUCAUGGUCUGAAAUGGAAAACCCCCUUCUUCCCCAUUUAAAUGAUAACCUUAGUGACUUCCAUAUGGCCAGCAGAACAUCUCAGAAAUAGCAGUGAGAGGCCUCAGCUGUGAGUGAUCAAUGGAAGAAUUUCCCAGCACUGUGGUAGGGAAGAAUAACAAACAUGUUUAAAAAAGAAACACAACCAGUAUUUUGGACUAGCCACACAAUAUUCUAGGGGACAGCACUGGUCAUGGGAACUAGAUCUAUAUUAGUGAGAAAUGGCCACAUGAUUAAAUGGCUAGAAUUAAUCUAAUGGUUCAAGAAGAGUAGGACUUUUUAUAAGAGCAAGACAAUCUUUAAAGCAAUUAUAGUUAUUAUCCUUAAGUUGACUUCAGCAUUAAUACUAGUCCUUCUGUUGGCAUUUGUAAUUUUCCAUCUUUAUGUAAUCUUUACUUUAAAAAAAAUUAAAGGUAUUGGCUUUGGAAGUAGCUCUGCACAAGAGCUUUCCUUGUACGAUGCCCUGGGUUUCAUCCCCAAAACAAAACAGAUUGAGUCAAGGACUCAAUAUCACUUAGUGAAAUUUACUGUAUAGAGUUGAGGAGGACGUGCUGCUAUGAACUGGGAUUUAUUUUUAUUGGGAUAUAGUGUUCUAAACAAAAGAAGGGGAUUAUAUAGUUGGUCAUUAUUAUUGACUAGCAAAUAAAUCUUGGAUAGAAUAUCUGCUGGUCUGUAAAAUGUAGAAGAGAUAUGAAAAUAUUAAUUUUGUAAUAAAGCUCUGAAGAUAUCCUCCUGUACAUCGAUAGUUUUAAUAUUAGGAAAAGAAACUGGGAUAUUAUUAAAUCUCAUUUAUGUAACCUUGUCAGGUAAUAGGAAAUUGUUAUUUGAUGGUGAUAUUGUUUUAGUUCAGAAAAUGAUUUACUAAUCUUUGAUUACCCGUGAAUAAAGGGCCUUGUCAUCCUGAUUUCUUUUAGAUUGUGAGCAUUGCCAUAGUCAACUUGGGCACCGUUGUUGCAAAUAGCCUUGCUUUGCCUCAUGCCAAGGAAGUCUACAGGGAGGUACAACUUCCUCUGUUGUAUACAUAUUGAAAUGCUUUCUGUUGUUGCUAUUGCAUUCAUUAUCUAUAAUGAGCGUUUUGGGUCCUGAUAUUCUUUGGAGAGGAAGAAGGAGAUGUUGAUGUCAUAUGUUAUCUAGGCAGUUUUCUUGGUUUGGAGAGAAACUGGGUAUAAAGCUUGACUUUGGGUGUGAAUAUCACUGUAGCACUUGAAUAUAUUGUUAUGUGAAUAAUAUUUAUUUUGAAUAAAAGUAUUUAAUUAUUCAUUCAAAUUAUAACUUAAUUGUAAUUUAAGAGAUUUCAUUACCUUAGUCUUGGCCUGCCUGGCUGGGAAUGUCGGAGCAACGUCUUUAGGAGUUGGGGUGGGCAUUGGGGAACAGGAUAUAAAUCCAGCUCUCAUAUGCCAGGUAUGUGCUUUUCCACUGAGCCACAUUCCCAGUCAGCAGCAGUUCUUUUUUGUACUUAGGGAAACCUUGGCCGAAAGGAAUUAAUGAUACCUGAAGAGUGUGUAGAAAAUGCCCUUUGUUUCCAGUACAGACUUCCCACUCUCUCUCUUCCCCAGUAGGACUUUCCCCUCUGGUAUGAUUUCAUCAUCAGUUAUUUAUUUUUUGAUCUGAGAAAACACAGUAUGUUUCUGCAUAUAAUAAUGGCAAUAACAUUUCCAGACUACCAGAACCCUGCGUCUAGACCUUACCAAAUCAGAACACAUGCUUUCCCAGAGCAGGAAACCUGUUAUUUUGUUCUCAAGUACUUUUCAGUGUUGACUGUGAAUGGCAGACCCACAUUUGAAAUGUUUGGUGUUCUGUCCUGCAGGGCCCAGAGCAGAGUAUCUGGAGAAAUUUCCUCCUACCUGCUACUUCCACACAGAGCUCAGCCUAGCCCCGAGAUAGAGAUGAGAGUCAGCAUUGGCCCGAAGGUCCCUGGGAAGAGCAAACUGUGGUUUUUUUAUUAGUAGCUAAUUUUUUCCUGCAUCUCAUAUUCCCAGCUCUGGGUCGUCAAGGUAGAUGUUGCAACAGAGCAGUUUUAUUUUAGUUUAUUGAUUGAUGUUCUGUGGUUUAAAGUUAAUGAUGAUUUGUUACAAUUAAUGACUAACUAUUAAGGAUGGUUUCUCAUGCACAUAAUUCCAAUACCACACCAUCACCACUGUACCUUCCUCACUCCCCCAAGGAUUCCAGUGACCCUCUGCAACACCCUCCAACUCAGUUUUAAAGUGCUUUGCUUAGAACAUCUUGUUUAUGAUUGUGAUGUUUACAUUUUCCAUUUAAUAAAAAAACAUUGGUUUGACAGGACAUUUGUGUAUAAUAUGUGUAAUAUUUUAGAUGUUAUACUGUUAUGUUGUAUAUAUUUGCAAUAUGUGACAAUAUAUUGCAUUCAACUCAUAAUGCAAUAGGCUCUUUCCAGAUUUGUAUUUUUCAGUGAACAAUAAAAACAUUGUUUGGCAGUA